GUAAAAUAUUUUACUGGCAUUUGUUAUAUUAGAUCAGUGUGACAAGAAAGUCAAAAGAUUUCCUUUUAUCUAUCAGGUCGAUACAUUAUUACAUUUUGAUCACAGCUCACAACAAUUCAAGAAGCAAACGAAUAUAAACGGACGCUUAUAUUUUCCGUAGCGUCUCCCCGUCUCCCUCUCAAUAGUCUCGACCCUCAGUGCCGUAUCCCUGUGUUUGUUUGCUCUGUACAUUCGUUUGGCUGAGUAAUCUAACAUAAUGGCAGAUUCAUCGUACGAAAAGGGACUAACCGAGCUGUCGAAAAUGAAAGUAGCAGACUUAAAAGCUGAACUGAAGCAGAGAGGAUUGCCUAUUAAUGGCAAUAAGAAUGAAUUAGUAGAACGUCUACAAUUAGCCAUGCAUGAUUCCUCACUUUCAUUGGAUGAAACUAAUGAUGAGAUACUUGACGAAGAUGCAGUUUUGGGAGAUGAAGAAAUUGAAGAGACUGAAGAGUUAGAGAAUACAAAACCAGAUGGUAAUCAAGCAGCUGAGAAAAGAAAGUUACCCGAAGAAAACAAUACUGCUACAAAAAAAGUGAUUUUAAACAGGAAAAAUAUCAUGGAAGAAAUAAAGGUUGAUGUUGCUCAGAAAGAAGAAGCAAAAAAUGAAAAGCCAGCAGAAGAUACUGAUGAUAAAAAAGUGGUAAAGAUGAAGGAGCUGGCAGUCAUGAGUAGCAAUGAGCGAUUAGAAUUAAGAGCCAAGAAAUUUGGUGUUCCAUUAACAGAUAGUGCUAAAAAAGAAGCUCGUGCUGCAAGAUUCAAUAUUACAGCUAAUUCUAAUACUACCACAAAUAGCAAAUCAGCUGCAUCAAUCAAAAGUGGCAUUGUAGACACAAAUUUUGAAUUACUGAAGAAGAGAGGAGAACGUUUUGGAACAAAUGUUUCAAGUUUAUUAGAAAAGGCUGAAAUAGAAGAUAAAAAAGAAAAGCGCAAAGCCAGGUUUGGAGAAGUUAAACCUCUUGAAAUAAAUUCUACUAAAAUAAAACUUGUCAAAUGAUAUUCAGUUAUCUAUGCUAAGUCAGUACUUUAGAUUAUGACGUAUGAUUAUGACUUAUUUUAAGCUCUUUUCAAUAGCUUGGUAAUCAAAUGUAAAUAUUAUUGAAUAAUUUUUUAUGUAAUCACUGACUAGAAAGCUCAAUAAAUCAGAGAAAUUCCAUGUAAAAAUCAUAA